AUGGCCGUGUACAAAACUCCAGAGGUCGGGUAUUUGACCGUCACAAUCUUGGGGAAGCAUUAUUUUGUUCAUCGACUUGUUGCUACCACUUUCAUUGGUCUCCCGACUGCCGAGAAGUGGCAGGUGAAUCACAUUGACAGAGAUCGGGGCAACAAUCAGGUGGCUAAUUUGGAGUAUGUAUCGCCUGCAGAGAACAUCCGCCACCGGUAUGCCAGCGAAUCCAACCGCUUGACUUCUACAACUUGGCGACGUGCUGCAGUUGAAUGGCACCGUUCUGGCGACGAGUCUAUGCAGAAAGAGGCUGCACUGAGAUUGAGUGUUUCACAGAGCUCUGUGUCGCUCUGUUGCCCAGGAAAAAGUGAAACAGCUUUUGGAAACGGCGUAACUCGUAAGAUCCGUUGGGCAAGCCAAGAGACAGAAUUAUUGGAGGCGGGCGAAACGUGGAAGCCUGCCUUCCUUCCAGGUAGCACAUGCCCGAUCCUUGAUCUGAUGGUGAGCAACUAUGGAAGGACUUGGUCGAAAUCGCGGCAGUUUCCCUGCGGCUAUACUACUUGUGGAAGUCUCACAUGCGAUGGUUACCGUGUGGUGAAGAAGGGUGGGAAAGCAUUGAGGGUGCACCGCUUGGUGGCUGCAACAUUUCUUGGUCAGCCUGAAUCGCCCGACCUAGUUGUCAACCACAGAGACUCCGACCGAACAAACAAUCAUGUACGGAAUCUGGAAUAUGUGACCAAAUCUCAGAAUUUACUCCAUGCCUAUAGCCAAGGACGUCGGAACGCGGUCGGCAGUUCUAAGCCCGUUCAGGCGCGCCUAACACUCGCCUCGGAGCUUGGGCCUUGGCUAGAUUUCGGGUCCCUGCAAGCUGCUUCCCACCAUACGGGGCUGAGCCCAUACAAGAUCAAUCGGCUGUGCCAAGGGCACACUGUGAGGGAUGCCACCUGGGAGUUUCGGCUGAGGGAGGCCGAGGCAUUGGAGGGCGAAGAGUGGCGCCCUGUAGUGCUUGAAGGAGCACGCUGGAUGCAACAGGGUUAA